UGCUAAACUAUGGCAACUAGGAAAAAAAAAAAUCUACAGAAUAUAGUGGCACAAAGUCCCUCCAAAUUCCAUUCCCUUCCCUAGAUAUAGUAUCAGUUCCGUAUGGUAUUAAGCAGUUCUUACUGGUUUCAUUUGAUAUCAUGGGUGGGCCUGUGGUUGUGGGUAUGUAGUAUGAAGAGAGAAGAAGUGGACAAAGAAUGGAGAAGAAAGGAGAAAAGGGUGUUUAUGAGUCAAUAUUAACAACCAUGUCAUGGGUUGUUUUUUCCUGCUUUUAGCUCUCGAACUGCCCUAAGAAUCCGGCAGAUGACCCCCUAAAGCCCCAGUGCAGAUAUGUCAUGAAACAAGUCAGUCUGGCUGAAAUGGAAACGGAUUGCCCCUGAAGUCCUGCUCUUUAACAUAUCACCACCACUAGGAUGUUUACAAGGAAGGAAAAGGACUCUUUAUUCUUUAGUUGCAAUAGCUUUUUUUUUUUAAACCAGAAUAUCCAGUGCCUGCUACAGCCUAGAGUGCUCUAAUCCUAAUAACAGUCGCCUUAGUCCUGUCUUCCCUUCAUGACUCAACUCCUUGUUAACUGUCAAUAGCAUAUUCUGUGAAAAGACUCUUUGUUUUUGUAUAUUUACUAGGAAUUAAAAAAAAAACCCACACUAAGAACCCUUGAUUGUAAUGUACUCUAAUAUAUUCAACAUUAGUCAUAAAGCAAAUGUUAAGUACAAAAUAUUUCACCAAAAGAGGUAAAUAAUAGGGCAGAUAACUAAAAUCUUUAUACUAGCUCCAAAGAUUGUUGAGUGCAGACCUUUAGACUACCAAGUUUAAAAGGAAAUAGAACCAUGUUUGAUGUUUGCAAAGUAGCUAUGGCACCUGAUUGAUUGUGCUUCAGUGGAGCUAGAUGGCAUUACUGGGGCAUAAAUAAGAAAGUCAUAGGGAUUUUAUUCCAAUAUAUUUUGUUGGGUAGUGUACUCUUUUUAGUUCAUUGAAAAACAACAACAACAACAACUUUCCCUUUGUCUCCCAAAUUACUCCCACAUGUUUCUUAAAUAUUGAUUGGAAAUAGUGUGCACUUCAAAUAAUAGGUCCCCAAUAGUGAUUUUGGUAGAAUUUGGUUAGUAUGAGUGUACUUUAGAAUAUUUCUCAAGUUGUAUGGAAUCCUAAAUACUCCAUGUCAAAAAAGACUAAAUAGGUCUGGAAAAUACUGCUUACUAUAACUAUCUCCUUGAUGAUCACAGGCAAUACUUAUUGAGUGGUGGCUAAUAUAUGCCAAAUGUUUUAUAUGAGUUAUUUCCCAUAAUUCUCAUGAUUACCCUGAUGAGAUAGGUUUUUGGGGAUGUGCCUUUGAAUUGGUUAAAACUCUCGCUCAGGAUUACACAGCCAACAAAAAGGUAUAAUAUACUUUAAGGAAUGGUAUUCAAGAGCUUCAAUCAUUAUCAACCUUCUUCAGAAUAUUGCUUUUUUUUUUUCUGUACCUUAAAUUAGCUACGUCCACACUGACAUUAUAUCUGAUGCAUGCUAGACUCCCCCUCAGUCCAGUCUGUUUGAGAGCUGAGAUGAGAGCAAAUGAUCAGGCUCCUUUACCUGGGUUUAUGUUUUUUUAUUUCUCAUCUCUCAUACCAGUAUUCAUUUUUCAUGUUCAUUAUAUACACAACUCUAGCUGCAGGAAGAGUUUUAUUUGCUCUCACCGAGAAGAGCACUUCUUCUUAUCCGUAUAUCCUUCCUAUCCCUUCCCAUUAAUAAGACUAAUCAUGCUCUAAUACUGCUAUUAUGCCACUGGGGAGAAGUCCAUUUUUGUUCCAGAACCUCCAUGUUUGGCUUUCCCUUUGUCCCUGAGAGCAUUUGCAGGUGACGUCCAUGACACAAAUACUUAAAAUGGAAUAUUGCUUCAGAAAAAUUUCUAAGCUAAGAUGACCCACAUUUUAUCAAAUUUGCAAGCCAUAGUUAGAUUUUAUUAUAGCAGGGAGCACUGGACUUUUGCAGAGGUUUGUUGCAAGAGGUUUUGGCCUGUUCUAGAGAAGAUUGCUAAGUUCUAAAUUAGUUUGUGGGCUGACUUGAUUUUAUUAUUUCCAAAGCCAUCACCACUCAAGACUUCCCAGCCCAAUUACCCAAUGAGGGAAGGAAAGGGAUAACUUCAAUGGACUUUUUGUUAGGGUCCACAAAGGUGCCCCUCUUUGCGACUGUAAAAGAAGAAUAGAAUAAGCCUUUCUUUGAAUUUCUCAUUAUUGAAGAUUCAGGAAGUUCUUGAAGGGGCGAGUGAAUGUAAGAGAAAUGUCUUUAUUAAAUUUGUUGCUCUCAUUUCUCAUUAAUUUAUCCCUUUUCAGAAUAAAAUCUUUUUCACUGACACAUCAUCAAAUGAGAGACUUUUUGGGGAGAGAGAUGAGAAAUAUUGAGCUAUUGUUUGCCACUCAUUACUAGGACCUAAAGUGUAAAUAUCUGAUGGAAGUGCACACUUUUAAGAUACUGUUUCUUUAUUGUCAGAUUUUAUUCUCUAACAGACUGGUGGUGUGUUAGUUGAUGUCAGGUGAACUACGACAAAGUUUCCUUUUAGUUUUUUCUUCUUAGCAGAUGUUUGUUUUGGCUGUGGGUAAACUGAAGCCACAUCCAUUUUUUUCCCCAGUGGACAUCAUAAAAUGUUCAUAUUUAGUGCAUUUAUAUGAGAGGAGGGUAGUAGCAGUAGGAGGUGGAGAAGACUCUAAAAAUUCGAUCUAAGUCAAAUACUGAACAGAUGUGAAAACAAAUCGAAGACCCACGCUCAUGAAACGAUUUCCUUGUGGUCGGCAGUGAGAGGGCAGUGCAAUAGCUUCUCGGCUUCUCUUUUUAUGAAGAUAGGUCUCAAGAAUGAGAAGAUGGUUGCCAUCUCCUCUUUAUGGAAAAACUUGCGAAGCAGGAAAUUUGUAGAUGUGUCAUAUAUGCAACUUUCGCUCUUGGAAAGAAGCAAACACCAAGGAAAAUAAGACAUAAUAAAAAAUUGCUUUGUAACUCCCAAAACGCUAUUAGCCCGUCCUCAGGAAGUUCCUUCUGCAGCCCAGCAUGACCUCAGGCAAGCUUCCACAGAUAAUGAUUAUAUGGAAUAGUCAUAAUUACUCAGAACUCAUGUCAAGUCCAAGAUCAUGUAAGACACAGGGCGGAGUGACUUUCAAACUUUUCACUGUGACUCACAGUAAGAAACAUUUUAGCGUUGGACCCAGCGCAUCUACAUUUAGAAACGUUUUAGAGUAGGACCCACACACAUCUGAAACACAAAAUUCGUGCAAAAACAGCAGCUACUCUUACUAUGUUUAACGUACUCCCAUUUCUUCUCUUUUUUAUUCCAUUCGGCUUUAUUUUAAUUUAAAAAGAAAAAAAAAGAGGCCUUGUUUUCAACCACAAAAUCGAUUUCCCAACCCACGAAUGGUUCAUGCCCCAUGGUUUAAAAAGGUGACUCCAGUCUGCUCCUAGGAGCUCCCUGCCCGGAAGUGCCUGCUGCCCUCAGGUGAAAGCUCUGACCACCGACCUGUGCAUUCUCCAGCAGAGUGGCCUGGAACCUUUUAUUUUUUCACGAGUUCACGAAGCCCCGACCAUCCUCUCUGUCCGAGCCAGUAGUUUGACAGGAAGAGGGAAGUUUACAUUUGUGCCUCCUCAGCCUUGGUCGUUAACACUGGAACAGCUGCUGCCUGAUUCUAAUCAGCUGAAUCUGAGCUCUGCAGAGCAGGGUGUUUUCCUAGAUCCACGGUAAUGCUCCAUCUAAUUCUUUGUUAUGGGUUAGAGCGGAGCACCGACCUUCCGAGGAUAUGAAAUUUGGGGGAUGUGGCCAGGAGGGAAGAAAUAAGAGGAAGAAUGAAAUUUCUUUUGGGCAGGAGGUGGUGAAAAUCACCUUAAGGAAACAAAAACAACCACCUCUGCCUGUAAUCGAAUGGUGAUUUGGAGUAGGAGUGGCCUUAGUUAGUUAGUUAGUUAGUUAGUUAGUUAGUUGUAUUUAUUUCCCCUUCUACAUUCUGGUACCUACACCAAGCUAGUUUGUAUGAAAAAAAAGAAUCGGAUCCAUUCAGAAAGGUUGUAAAGAAUAGAUAGGAAAAAAAAACAAAAACAAAAACCCAUAGUCCAGUUUAGAAUUGGACUCAUCUGGUGUGUUUAUAAUACUACACACUGCCAUGGUGAAUUACAUUGUCAUGGCUUCUCUUUAUCUUCAACAUCGUGUCCUAAUUCAUCUGCUUCACAAUGUCAGUUUUACAAAGUGUUAGGGUAAUUUUUGGUAGGUAAAAAUGAUGUGGUUAGUCAGAGAGUCUUCUGAAGGGAAGGCUCUUGGCCAUGCAGAGGAAGCAGGCCUUUCUCAGGAGAGAGACAGAGUGAGACAGAGUGAGACUGUGUCAUGAGCCAUGUUCUUCAUCUUCACUGCGUCUGUGUGUGUGUGUGUGUGUGUGUGUGCGCACGCGCGCGUUAUUUCACUUCUCAGGGUCUAUUCCUGCAGCGGCGCGAUGGAAACAGUGACAGGGUGGUUGUGAGGAGUUUAUGGGGAGUACAAGCAAAGUGAGCCCUGGAGCGUAGGAAGCCAAGAGUUCGUGGUGUUCACCAUCUUAUCCCCAGUGUCGAAGACAGCGCCUGGCAUAUAACUGGUGCUCAGUGAAUAUUUGACAAAUGAAUGAAUAAAUAAUGUUGGCUACAAUACUAAUUAUUAUAAUAUAAGGGAAAAAAAGAGGAGACAGGGACUGGUCUGGGCUGAGGAGAUGAGAAGAGCACAUCUUUCGAAGAAUUUAUUCUGAGUUUGGGAAAAAAGAAUCAGUUGUAGCACAGUCUUACAAUGUCCGACUGAUUAAUUAGCACGGGUAUGCUGGUAGGCGCUGGUGAUGUCAGCAUAACUAGAAGUGGUUCCUUCUGUCAAGGAGUCACAGUCUGGUUGGAUAAGGCAAAGGUUAAAGCACAGCACCAGGGAUAUCAACAGGAAGGACCUUCAUAUCACACUGGGCUGGAACUGGGGACAGCAGUCCAGGGAGCAGGAGUUUGGCAGGAUGAACGGGCAUUAGACCAGCAAAGGAAGGGCUGAGAAGGACUUCUGAUGCAGAGACAGGCCCCACCCAGAGAAGUCGUGGAGGUGGGGGAAAUGUGAGGACACCACCUGCACGGUCCAGCAUGGCCAGCGCAGUCUUGAGAAGGGAGCGGGGUUGAGAGUUCAGGUCCUACUGUCCUGGCAGGGUCUGGGGUACUGAGGUGGUUGCUUCCUAUCCUGAGGGGAGCGAGAGCCACUGAAAGAUUAAGUAGGGGUGGUUUGCAUUCGCAAAGAUUUGUGCAGCGGAAGUGGAUCACGGGGUAUGGCAAGGCGAGAGGUACACGGGUGAGGAAAACUGGUUCUCCUGUGGUGGUGGACAGGCCCACAUGCCGUAGUUUGGGAGGCCUCCCAACUGUGGCAACUUAAUGGUGGCAAACAACAAAAACAAAACCUGAGUUCAAAGAGUAGACCUCUGUUACAGACCUUUGUUAUUAUUAUUCACGAAUAACAACUGCAGUGGCAACUGAGAAUAACCUAAUAAUAAUUCCACUGCUACUUUUAUUAUGCAAACAGAAGCCUGAGCUGCUGACUUUUCUAGCAACUUUUGCAGGACAUUUAAAUCCCUCUAGCUGGCCCUUUGUUCCUGUGUUGCCAUGGAGUGUCAAUAAGCCCAGCUCAGAAUAACCCAGGCGGUGAAAUGCGAGGUACAGCUUGCUCGCUGGCAUGUUGGCUGGCCAGGUUAUACUGUUUUCAUCGCUCCCGUCUUGGGAGGAGCACUGGGCAGCUGGUUGCCCUGGCAGCUGUGAAAGGUGUACGUCUCUUGGCUGCCCGGAGUUUGAAAUGCAACCCAGGCUUGCCUGCCUACUGAGCAUGUGCAGCUCCCGAUUGAGCUGAUAGCAACUGAAAAUAGCCCACUGAGCACCUGUCCCUUGUACACCAGCCCCUGGCCGACUGCCAUUUAGGACAGUGGGGACUCAACUUGGUGGAUAGGUGAGGGGCUGCGUGGAUUUUAAUGGUUCUUAGGAAGAUCUUAGAAACUUUGGCCCUGGCUGAAAAGGAAGAAGAAAAAAGAAAAAGCAGCAGCCUCUUCUGAGCGGUACUCUUUGGCACGUCUGGGGUUAGUGGGUCGUCACGGUGGCUGCAUGAUAUACAGUAUGUGCUGAAGACACCAUACAGUUCUCUUUGCUCAGCCACAGUGUGGUCCAGUAGACUGAGAGAGAGGUAUAUGUUUUCUCUUGGAGAUAAUAGCUUUCCUGAAAAACUCCUGGAAGGUAGCCAUCCAGGGUUUAUGCUGUUUCAGUCUUAGAACGGGGAGGCAUGGCGUUAAACUAUUUUGUUUGAUUUUCUACCUGUUCUUUAAUCCCCAGUGAUUGUCAGUAGACCACUUCUGCAUGGUGUCUCUUUGCUAGAUUAUUCUUUCUCAGCAGUCCAAAUGCGGCCAUAGAAUAGAAUCACAGCAUGUUAUGGGACUGCCUGUGCCCCUUUGGGAAUCCUUCCCUUUCCUUCUGGGCUUUCAUGUCUUCAGCGGGCUUGCCAUUGUUGGGCACAGUUGGCAUGUUAGUGUGGAUGGAAGCGGGCUCUGGAAGGAAAUACUUCUGAAAUGACUGGGGGUAUUAAAGCUACUAUUUAAAAGUGACCCUUCGGAGAUACUUGGGUUACCUUCAGGCUGUCAGUGCCCUGCAGCUACAGGAGCUGAUGGGAAUCUGUGGAAAGUCUGGCCUGUUGCUUUCGCCUCAGUUUGUGUUUAGAUAUUCUUGCUCCCUAGCCAGUGGCCUCGUGACAUCUCAGAUUUAGCUGCCUUUCUUCUGCCAAGGUUCAAGAUGAUUGUGGAAGCUGGGAAUGGUAUGCAGUGCCACAGAGAUUGGGGGCGGAGGGGGAAGAGAGGGUUUGAAAAGCCAAUUAUGGUCCACAGCACUCUCAAAAAAUGCUUUCGGUGUCUACCUUGAGCGUAGGCACCUGGAGCCUUUCUGCGGGCUCAGGGCUGAAAAACGAAUAAGCUCAAAAUGACCCCCACUCAACCAUGGCCUGGUGACUGCAGGAUCCUUUAGUCUAUUGACUACCACGCCAAUCUUCUUCUUAAGCGUUGAAUUUGGGAGUUAGCGGCUUCUUGUGGACCAUAUUAGUUAGACUGAUAGGGAAAAGAAGAUAUGCAAAGCAAAGAUGAAGCUAAAGGCUGGAGUACAGAUGCACAAGACAUGUAUUCAUGGGAUUGAAGGCAUGGGAUUCGUCUCGUAAUUAACCUUGCCUUGGCGCUCUGGACCCGAUAGGGCCUUAGGACGUGAGUUGGGGAAUUGGGGGAUAGGGUGGUAGCGGUAUUGGAGGCUUGAGCAGUGCCCCCACUUUUUACCCUCGGAUAGCUUAAUCUCUUGUGCUUCAUGCAGGCUGUAGAGAAUGUAGUCUAGAAAUCCCCUGUUCUCUCCGUGCAUUUUUCUGGGGGUGGGGUAGAGUAGGGAGCUAGAGAGGAGGAAUUUAACUAAUUGUGGACAUUUUUACCUUUGACUCCAGGUACUGCAUUGCCUAGGGUCUGGCAUUCUAAGACUAUUGUUCAACAAAUUGGAGCCCUGCCCAUCUUCUGAGGGAUUUAUCUCUGUGGUUUGAAAGCUUCCAGAAAGGUUGUUGGGGAUGUGGUGGUGGUUUGUUGAUUAUGAGAAGCCCAAGGUAAACCCCAAACUUUACAUGUGUGUGUGUGAAGGCCUCUCCUGUGGGAACGAAGACCACUGUGAAGGCCAGCAGUGCUUUUCCUCACUGAGCAUAAAUGAUGGCUUCCAUGUCUACCAGAAAGGCUGUUUCCAGGUCUACGAGCAAGGGAAGAUGACCUGUAAGACCCCGCCGUCACCUGGCCAAGCUGUGGAGUGUUGCCAAGGCGACUGGUGUAACAGGAACAUCACAGCCCAGCUGCCCACCAAAGGGAAAUCCUUUCCUGGAACACAGAAUUUCCACUUGGAGGUCGGCCUCAUUAUUCUGUCUGUAGUGUUUGCAGUAUGCCUUCUAGCUUGCCUACUGGGAGUCGCUCUCCGAAAAUUUAAAAGGCGCAAUCAAGAACGCCUCAAUCCCAGAGAUGUGGAGUACGGCACCAUCGAAGGGCUCAUCACCACCAAUGUUGGAGACAGCACUUUAGCAGAUUUAUUGGAUCAUUCAUGUACAUCAGGAAGCGGCUCUGGCCUCCCUUUUCUGGUACAAAGAACGGUGGCUCGUCAGAUCACACUGUUGGAGUGUGUCGGGAAGGGCCGGUAUGGUGAGGUGUGGAGGGGCAGUUGGCAGGGGGAGAACGUCGCUGUGAAGAUCUUCUCCUCCCGGGAUGAGAAGUCAUGGUUCAGGGAAACAGAAUUGUACAACACUGUGAUGCUGAGGCAUGAAAAUAUUUUAGGUUUUAUUGCUUCAGACAUGACAUCAAGACACUCCAGUACCCAGUUAUGGUUAAUUACACAUUAUCACGAAAUGGGAUCGUUGUAUGACUAUCUUCAGCUUACUACUCUGGAUACAGUUAGCUGCCUGCGAAUAGUGCUGUCUAUAGCUAGUGGUCUCGCACAUUUGCACAUAGAGAUAUUUGGGACCCAAGGGAAACCAGCCAUAGCUCAUCGAGAUUUAAAGAGCAAAAACAUCCUGGUUAAGAAGAAUGGACAGUGUUGCAUAGCAGAUUUGGGCCUGGCAGUCAUGCAUUCCCAGAGUACCAAUCAGCUCGAUGUGGGGAACAACCCCCGUGUGGGCACCAAACGCUACAUGGCCCCUGAAGUUCUAGAUGAAACCAUUCAGGUGGAUUGUUUUGAUUCUUACAAGAGAGUUGAUAUUUGGGCCUUUGGACUUGUCUUGUGGGAGGUGGCCAGACGUAUGGUGAGCAAUGGUAUUGUGGAGGAUUACAAGCCACCAUUUUAUGAUGUGGUUCCCAAUGACCCAAGUUUUGAAGAUAUGAGAAAGGUGGUCUGUGUGGAUCAACAGAGGCCAAACAUACCCAAUAGAUGGUUCUCAGACCCGACAUUAACCUCUCUGGCCAAGCUGAUGAAGGAAUGCUGGUAUCAGAACCCAUCCGCGAGACUCACAGCUCUGCGGAUCAAAAAGACUUUGACCAAAAUUGAUAAUUCCCUAGACAAAUUGAAAACGGACUGUUGACAUUUUCACGGUGUCAAAAAGGAAGAUUUGUCGUUGUCAUUGUCCAGCUGGGACCUAAUGCUGGCCUGACCGGCCGUCAGAACAGAAUCCAUCUGUCUCCCUCCGCAAGUGGCUGCUUUGACAAGGCAGACAUUCUACCCAGCCGCGUGCGGGGGAGACACCAAAACCACCCUAACCUCGCUCAAUGACCGUGAACUGGGCAUUUCACAAACUGUUCACACUACAGAGACUAAUGUGGGACAGACGCUGUUGCAAAGGUAGGGGAACUGGAGGAACACAGAGAAAUCCUAAAAGAGAUCUGGGCAUUAAGACAGUGGCUUUGCAGAUCCUUCACAAGUCUCCUAGACUCUCCCCAUGGGAAACUCACGGAGGUGGUGAAUUUUUAUCAGCAAUAUUGCCUGUGCUUCUCUUCUUUAUUGCACUAGGAAUUCUUUGCAUUCCUUACUUGCACUGUUACUCUUAAUUUUAAAGACCCAACUUGCCAAAACGUUGGCUGCGUACUCCACUGGUCUGUCUUUGGAUAAUAGGAAUUCAAUUUGGCAAAACAAAAUGUAAUGUCAGACUUUGCUGCAUUUUACACAUGUGCGGAUGUUUACAAUGAUGCUGAACAUUAGGAAUUGUUUAUACACAACUUUGCAAAUUAUUUAUUACUUGUGCACUCAGCAGUUUUUACAAAACUGCUCCGUGCAUAUGUUAAAGCUUAUUUUUAUGUGGUCUUAUGAUUUUAUUACUGAAAUGUUUUUAACACUAUACUCUGAAAUGGACAUUUUCUUUUAUUAUCAGUUAAAUUCACAUUUUUAAGUGCUUCACAUUUGUAUGUGUGUAGACUGUAACUUUUUUCAGUUCAUAUGCAGAAAUGUAUUUAGCCAUUACCCAUGUGACACCACCGAAUAUAUUACUGAUUUAGAAGCAAAGAUUUCAGUAGAAUUUUAGUCCUGAACGCUGUGGGGAAAAUGCAUUUUCUUCGGAAUUAUCCAUUAUGUGCAUUUAAACUCUGCCAGAAAAAAAUAACUAUUUUGUUUUAAUCUACUUUUUGUAUUUAGUAGUUAUUUGUAUAAAUUAAAUAAAAGGUUUUCAAGUCAAAAA